AAGUCUCAAACUGCACAUAUGGGGCUUUAUUGCAAGAGUUCCUCAGCAUCUUUCUCAUCCUUGUGCCUGUUUUCUCUUAUUCAUUUCAUGUGCUUCAACUUGCCAGCAGCCUCUGCCAUCGACAAGAACAAUGAGACAGAUCGACUUGCAUUGCUGGACUUUAAGGCCAAAAUAAGUGACCCUUUUGGGGUCAUGCGCUCAUGGAAUAACAGUCUUCACUUCUGCCGGUGGUAUGGUGUCACUUGUGGGCGUAGACACCAAAGAGUCACAACGUUAGACCUGCACUCCCACAAACUUUCAGGGCCCAUAUCACCACAUGUUGGUAAUUUGAGCUUCUUAAGGGUGUUGUCUCUUUAUAAUAAUAGCUUCAGCCAUGAGAUCCCUCCUCAGAUUGGCCGUUUAAGCAGACUGCAAACGUUGUCUCUUUAUAACAAUUCAAUUGACGGUCAUAUUCCUCCUAGCAUAUCUAACUGUUCAAACCUUCUUUUCUUUUAUUUGGAUAACAACAAUCUCGCAGGCGAAAUCCCUGUGGAGCUUGGUUUCUUACCAAAGCUCCAAGAGAUCUAUUUGAAGGAGAAUAAUUUAAUAGGUAGCCUCCCACCAUCUUUCGGGAAUCUGUCGUCCCUUCAGUUUCUUGCUGCAUAUCAAAAUUAUUUGAACGGAAAUCUCCCAGAAACUUUAGGCCAAUUGAGAAGUCUAUGGUUCUUAUCAAUUUUUCAUAAUGGAUUUUCGGGUACCGUCCAUCCGUCCAUCUUCAAUCUUUCUUCGAUCAAGGAUUUCAGCAUUGCUGAAAACCAAUUCCAAGGGAGUCUUCCCUUGGGCAUUGGAAUAUCUCUUCCAAAUCUUCGAAGGUUUUCUAUUGCUGAUAACCAAUUCACUGGCCCCAUUCCAACUUCAAUUUCUAACGCCUCAAAUCUAGAAAUGCUGGAUCUAGCCCAAAAUGAUCUCAGCGGAAGAGUGCCUUCUCUUGACAAGUUGCAUAGACUUUCAGAAUUGGUGAUUUCUGUCAACAAUUUAGGAAGUGGGAAAGCUGAUGACUUGAGAUUUCUUUCCAGUUUAACUAACGCCACAGCUUUAAAAUUCCUAGAGAUAGGCAGCAACAACUUUGGAGGGGAACUUCCUCAACACAUCGCCAACUUUUCAAAGGAGCUCCUCCAAUUUGUCAUACAAAACAAUCAGAUAUCCGGAAACAUCCCAGUUGGAACACAAGUUCUUGUUAACUUGGAAGUUUUCGUUGCAGACAGGAACAAACUCUCAGGUACCAUUCCAUCAGGCAUUGGACUGCUUCAAAAUCUAAGAAAAAUUUACCUUGGAGGCAAUAAUUUAUCGGGAUAUAUUCCAUCAUCUCUGGGAAACCUGACAAAUUUACUUGAAAUUGAUUUAUCUGACAAUAAUCUUCAAGGUACCAUCCCUUCCAGCCUAGGCAGGUGCAAAAACUUGCUCGCACUAGAUUUUUCUAUAAACAAUCUUAGUGGUCCCAUACCCUCACAUGUUAUUGGACUUUCCUCCUUUUCAAAAGUUCUUAAUUUGUCUCUGAAUAAUUUGUCUGGUUCCCUUCCAAAAGACGUAGAAAAUUUGAAAAAUUUAGGAAUCCUUGACCUUCAUGAGAACAUGUUGUCAGGGGAGAUUCCCGGUGGUCUUGGCAGUUGUAUGAGUCUAGAAUUCUUGUUCAUGGGUGCCAACUUGUUCCAAGGAUCCAUUCCUUCCUCUUUUAGUUCAUUACGUGGCAUUAGAGAGUUAAAUCUUUCUCAUAAUAAUCUGUCAGGCAAGAUUCCAGAAUUUUUAAAGAGCUUCAACUCAACACAGCUUUUGGAUUUAUCUUAUAAUGACUUUGAGGGCAUGGUACCAGUAGAAGGAGUUUUCAAGAAUUCUAGUGCUACCUUUGUGGCAGGAAAUAAAAAUCUAUGUGGUGGCAUACCUGAUUUUGGGCUACCUGUGUGUAAGUUUGAACAAUCAAAGAGGAGACUAACUACAAAAUUAAAGAUCAUAAUUUCCACGUUUUGUGGGGUUAUAGGCGUUGCACUUUUGCUUAUUUCUUUGCUUUUUUGGCGCCAUUUAAGAAAGAGAAAAGGAGAAUCUGUAUCACUAUUUGAUGGAAAUCCAUUAUUGAAGCUGUCUUAUCAAAGUCUGCUCAAAGCCACUAAUGGAUUCUCUUCAGAUAAUUUGAUUGGUAUUGGUAGUUUUGGAUCUGUAUAUAAAGGGAUUCUUGAUCAACAAGGAAUGGUAGUUGCAAUUAAGGUAUUUAACCUGAUGCGACGAGGAGCUUCAAAGAGUUUUAUAGCCGAAUGUGAGGCCUUACGAAAUGUCAGGCAUCGAAAUCUUGUCAAAAUACUCACAGCUUGUUCAGGAAUUGAUUAUCAUGGUAAUGAUUUCAAAGCAUUGGUUUAUGAUUUCAUGGUUAAUGGGAGCUUAGAUGGCUGGUUGCAUCCAACUCUUGGAUUAGAUGAGGUGCCAAGGACUUUAAAUGUUAUCCAAAGGUUGAAUAUUGCCAUCGAUGUUGCUUCUGCGCUUGAGUAUCUUCAUUAUCAUUGUGGAACACCAUUUGUUCAUUGUGAUCUAAAACCAAGUAAUGUCCUUCUCGACGAAAAAAUGACUGGACAUGUAGGUGAUUUUGGGUUGGUAAAGUUUCUUUCUACUAGGAUGCUUGGCCAUUCAACAAAUCAAUCUAGUUCUCUUGGAAUAAGGGGAACUAUCGGAUAUUGUCCUCCAGUUUGUGUGGGUGUAGGCGUUGCACUUUUGCUUAUUUCUUUGCUUCUUUGCCACCAUUCAAGAAAAAGAAAAGGAGAAUCUGCAUCACUAUUUGAUGGGAAUUCACUAUUGAAGUUGUCUUAUCAAAGCCUGCUUAAAGCUACUAAUGGAUUCUCUUUAGAAAAUUUGAUUGGUACGGGUAGCUUUGGAUCUGUAUAUAAAGGGAUUCUUGAUCAAGAAGGAAUGGUAAUUGCAGUUAAGGUGCUUAACCUCAUGCGACGAGGAGCUUCAAAGAGCUUUGUAGCCGAAUGUGAAGCCUUGCGAAAUGUCAGGCAUCGAAAUCUUGUCAAAGUACUCACAGCGUGUGCAGGAAUUGAUUAUCAGGGCAAUGAUUUCAAAGCAUUGGUUUAUGAAUUUAUGGUUAAUGGGAGCUUAGAUGAUUGGUUGCAUCCAAUUCUUGGAUUAGAUGAGGUGCCAAGGACUUUAAAUGUUAUCCAAAGAUUGAAUAUUGCCAUCGAUGUUGCUUCUGCGCUUGAGUAUCUUCAUUAUCAUUGUGGAACACCUUUUGUUCAUUGUGAUCUAAAACCAAGUAAUGUCCUUCUCGACGAAAAAAUGACUGGACAUGUAGGUGAUUUUGGGUUGGUAAAGUUUCUUUCUACUAGGAUGCUUGGCCAUUCAACAAAUCAAUCUAGUUCUCUUGGAAUAAGGGGAACUAUCGGAUAUUGUCCUCCAGGUAAUGAGUAUGGUGUGGGCAAUGAAGUAUCAACACAUGGUGACACAUUUAGUUUUGGAAUACUCUUGUUGGAGAUGUUCACGGGAAAGAGGCCAACCGAUGACAUGUUCAAAGAGAAUUUGAGCCUUCACAGUUUUGUCAAAAGAUUUUUGCCGGAACAAGUAAAAGAGAUUAUAGAUCCCAAUCUUUUUGAAGCGCAACUCAAUGCACAUAGUAACUACAAUUUUAGGAAUAGCGGAAACGAUAUAUUCAUUGAAUGUUUGAUUUCAAUAUUAGAAAUUGGAAUCUCUUGUUCUACAGAAUCACCACAAGAGCGCAUGAAUAUAAGUGAUGUUGUUGUUCAGCUCUCUUCCAUUAGAAACAAACUUGUUGGAACUCAAUUACCAAGGGGGGGAGAGACUGUAAGUGCACUUCAAGUAGCAGGUACUCAAGAUUGAUGACUCUGAUGCGGAAUGCCUGUUGAUUACCAUGAAGCAUAACUUGUUAUACCUAGUCUAUGUAAUCCUUAUAUAUGUUUGUAAUGCUGCAUCUUGCUUAGUUAGUACUGUGUUUCCUUCAUGCAUAAAGUGUUUUUCUUAUUUUAACUCUUUACACCCCCAAGAUGAGAUCUCAUUAAAAAAUAUUGCAGUAUCUCUCACGUUUAUAUGAGAUCCACCUCUACAAUUUCGAAUGGAACUCGUGUAUUUGUAAGCGUAGGAUGUACCAAACAGAUUCUCCUUCAAUUGCAUCUAUGAUAAAACUUCAAGCA